GCGGAGAAUUAGAGUUUUCUGUAAGAGGCACCGAUGUCAGAAAAACAUGACUGGGGCAGACAACACUCACCAAACCUACCACUACCUACGCACAUGAUGAUAAUCUCAACUACUACUACAAUGGUUAUUUCAGCUUGUCGUGAGCCCCGAGUACACUCUAUCGUUUCAAAGAAGGCCUAACUGGUGUUCUCAGUCCUCGUCUAUACGCCAUCGAAAUGCCUUCCAGCAUCUCCGCAGAGGCGGACUCCAUUUUCCACAAUGUCCUCUUGACCGACUCGCGCCUCGCCCUUCCACCCUCAGUCCUUUCGGCUGCUGACCGUACCACUUUUGAUACGGACUCCAUCGAUGCGCCUUUUUUUCCGACCCCGAUGAAGAUGUCGGAGUCGUCGGCUGCUCUGUGGGCUCUCGCCGCCACGUUUGCUAAUGCCAUAACGGAGCAGCGGUUUGGUGUGGUGCAGAAAGUGUCCGUGAACACUGACGCUGCGUCAUUGUUCCUGUUUUCGACAGCAGUUGUGAGGGUUGCUGGGAAGACGCUGCAAGAUCCAGAGAUUGCAAAGCGUUAUAUGAUUUACGAUAAAGGUCGGUCAUUCGACACAUAUCGGCGUCUUGCAACGAACAUUUAUCCUACCAAGGACGGCCGGUUCUUUCAUUUGCAUGGGAGCAUGAAUGCGACUCCUAUUUUGACGAUGCUCGGACUGCCUAUCGAUAGAUCUGUGACGAUGGAUCAGGCAAUUAAGGAUUAUAUAUCCACAGUUGAGCAGCAUGACGCCGAAUGGCUGGAUAUUGAGUCCAACGAACAUUUUCGUCAAGCCGGCACUAUUUGCCUGACUCCCGAAGAAUUCGCUCGUUCGGAACAAGGCAAAGCAAUCAAAGACGAUCCGAUUUAUCUUCUUGAGUCAAAACCUGCGCCUGGCCUCAAUCCGGUUCCGUGGCCGACGACUACUUCCACCUCCGCACUCCGCCCUCUUGAGGGAAUCAAAAUCAUUGAGAUCGCGCGCGUCAUCGCCGCACCGACCAUCUCAAAGCUUGCGGCGCUAUAUGGUGCGACAGUAGUGCGCGUGUCGUGCCUUACUGAACCGGACAUGGGUCCACUGCUUGUCGAUGGAAAUUUGGGAAAGUACGACGUGUCUCUCGAUCUCAAGACAUUGGAAGGCAAAAAGGCGCUGGAUAAAUUGCUGGAGGAUGCAGAUGUUUUGCUAGACGGGUACAGGCCUGGUGCUCUGGCGCGAUUGGGAUAUUCGGAGGUGUAUAUCCACGAAAUCGCGAAGCGUCGCGGCAAAGGUAUUGUCUAUGUCCGCGAGAACUGCUAUGGAUGGAAGGGUCCCUUCAAAGACAGAUCUGGUUGGCAGCAGAUCAGUGAUUGUAUCACGGGAGUCAGUUGGUUGCAGGGACGAUUUUUGGGCUUGAACGAGCCUGUUGUCCCGCUCCUACCAAACUCUGACUAUCAGGUUGGCAUCAUCGGUCUCAUCGGAAUCUUACAUGCUCUAUAUAACCGCACCAAUUCCGGAGAGUCGUCGACUGUUUCCGUUUCAUUGAACCAGUUCAACCUUUUCUAUAUCGGACUUGGAGUUCAAGACGACGAGACUCAAAAGUCACUGCGCGAGAUGCACGACGCCUCAUUGUCUCUUCGGCAUUUUGACGACAUGCCUAGUCUGGUUCAGAAGACAAUUAUGUCUUUGAUGAAGACUACCCCAAAGCUGUUCAGUCCCAAGCAUUUUGCUCAAAUCGAUGCUCAUUUAGGAGGACCUGAGGGUGAAAAAAUGACAUUUCUGGGACCAGUCGCCAAGUUUGAGAAGACUCAGCUGAAGUACGAUGUCGGUAGUUGCUUUUUGAACGCGUACGAAGCAAAGUGGCCCGAGAUCGAGUAGGUCGCAGUGUUUGAGUGAAACGACAAAAUAUCUGUGCUUGUGUGGGAUUUUGUGUUAGUUGAAAUACAUAUUUCUAUCUAU